GUGUAAUAGUCCAAAAAGGUUUGGAUUAGAAGAUAAACUCGCUAAAAUGACUAUAUUAAAUCUUAUUGAUUAUUAAUAUUAUGAAUGAUACUACAUUUCGAUCAGCUUCAGUGCUUCUCAACUCCGCCGCAAUGCGUUUUCCCCAUGGUUUUUCAUCAACUUUCUCCUCAAAAAUCACUUUCUGAGUGCUAAUAAAAACUUGUACCAUUUGUUGUCUCACUUGGGACCCUAAAAUCAUCAGCAAUGGAAUGAAUAGUGCGAAUGUCACUGCUUUCAGGCACCACUGACUUGUUGCGCACUUGUUGCGUCACUUUGAGAUGUUUGUUUUUUGUGUGUCAUAUCUCUGUCUCUCUUUAAUCAAGGGAGAAACGAUUUCGAGGGGAUUGCUUUCUUAGAGUUUGGCUUGAAAGGACUGGGACGUCAAAGUUAAGGUAUGAAAACAUACUUUAAGUCGGGUGAAACUCUCUGGCAGAUUAUCUGUUUAGGAUCAUCAAGAGUCAAUCAGCUCAAGCCUGUGAUGGAGAUCUCCUGCUCCUCAGGUGUCCACGACACUCCACCUUAACUAUUCAGUCUGAAUUUAUGGACAGAGUGCAACCCUUCACGGGAUCGUGCCAGGAAUGAGCUGACAAUGGCGUAAUCAAUCACAGCUGUUCUGCUACCACAGCGCUGCAGAAAGUGUUCUCUGAAUGCUAGGGUCACAGAAAUUGCCAGUUUCUGGUUAAUCAUCAAGUGUUUGGCAGAGAUCCUUGUCCUGGAACCCCUAAAUACCUCCAUGUAUCAUACAGGUGUAUACCUAAGGAGCACAAGAAGAGAAUAACGUGAGGGAGAUCGACUUUUGCUGCACUGCAAGUGUCCAAAAGUGCUGAUUAUCUACUCUGCUGUUUAUGGAAGACAGCUGGAAGAGAAAGACUUGUGCCCAUCAGAGAAACAACAACCUCCACCAUUUGAAUGUCUUUUUCAUGGAGCCGUUGACGUGGUAUCCAGCAUUUGCUAUAUGGAAAACAGUUCUCCAAAGUUUACUCAAGGAGGCUGAUUCCAGCAGAUUCCAAACUACCUCAGUUCCUAAUCAGAGCACCAAAAAAGGGGAACACCCAGUUAUCAGAAGAGCAAAGUUUCCAGAGAACAGUUUUGUUGCGAGCAGGUCUCUAAUGACAUAUGGCUACAUUACAGAGCAUCCAGAAACGACGAGACUGCUCUUCACAUCAAGUGUUUGUGUGGGACUUCUGAUUGUUCUAAUAGCUGUUUCAACACAGCUAACCUUCAGAAGACAUCUAAAUGCAAGUAGAAUAUUCAGGAAGAAGAGUAGAACAACUAAUCUGGAAGAGGAGGAGACAAUGAACCAGGAUAAUGAUGAAGAGGAGGAAGAUGAGGAUGAGAAAGGGUCACUAAUCGACAGCUCUAACCUGACAGAGAUUGGCAGGAAGGUGUGUUGCUGGGAAGAUGUGACGUACACAAAGGCAGCAGUGCUGAUGGAAAGGAUUGAGCGCAGAGAGCUUGUCAUUCAGGAGAUCAGGAUGAAACCAUACCUCAAUGGAAACACAUGCUUCCUGCACUCAUACAUCCAAACUGUUACGCAGAAUGUGCAGUAGCUGUAAUUUCAAACAAAAGGAGUGAGCAUUUUGAAUGUUUUCAGCUACCAAAACACUAAAAUUAAAGGUGAAGUGUGAAAUCACAACUGUCUACAGACAGGUUUGAAAGAUUUGAAAGAUGCAUUUUAACUUUAAUAAAUAACACACAUCACCUUUAAAGACAAUGUCAGGUAAAAAAAAAAAAAGGAGGACAUAAUAGUAUAGAACAACCAAUGCCUGAUGUGUUUUACUGCCUAAGUGAAGGUCAAAGUUAUUAUUCUGUUCUAGAAUUAUUCUGUUCAGCUGAUAAAGUAGCUGUUGUAUUACACUUUACAUAAUGUACAGCCAUGUAAAGAGAAAAGUAUUUCAUAAAUUAUUUCUUUAUUAAACACUGGAUGAAUAAUA